AUGUCUGAUGCUGAGCUUCGUCGAUGGGAGCGGCAUGUACGGGACGGGCAUGUGCCGUAUGAUAGGCGUUUCUACGACUACGACAUCCCUGAGGACAAUGCUGAGGUAGAUGAAGCGGAUCCUUUGGAGGUCGAGGAGGAGCCGGUUGCAGAUGAUGGCGCAGGGGUUGGGAUGAGUGAGAACGAGGAGGAUCCAGGACAACAAGCACGUAAUGAACGGUUCAAGGCCCUCUACAAGGAUGUCGGGGACACUUUGGAGUAUCAGUCGCUCCAUUACAUGGUUCCUCUUCAGCGACGAACUGCCUCUGAGGUGUUUGCUGGAGUUCGAAGCAUUUGCCUCAAGCUACGCCGUGAAGGACUUCCUGUGGCGCGGCUUCAUAGCGAUCGCGGCCGGGAACUCAUGGCGCCGUCUUUGAGGACCUGGGCGGAAGUGAGAGACAUGUUUAUCACCACUGGAGAGUCGCAGUCGCCCCAGUCCAAUGGACGAGCCGAAACGGCAGUGCGACUGUUGAAAAGGAGGACGCGCACUUUGUUGAGGAGUAGCGGACUCCCCAAAUCAUGUUGGCCGCUGGCUAUGGCGUACGCAGCAGGGAGACAGCGAGCUUUGGCCCUGGACCAGAAGCACGAGCUGGACAUCCCCUUUGGCACGGUUGUCCAUUGCAAGGCCAAGAUGUUUGGUGAAGGCGGCAAGUUUGAUUUGAAGGAGCGGUGGCUUGAAGGCAAGUUUGCUGGUUGGAGCGAGGACGUCGUUCAUGGCAAGGUUGUCCGAAUGAGACCUUUUCUGGUGGAUAGUGACGCGUUGGUGGAGCUUGAGCCUAUGGAAGAUGAGGUUGAGGACAUGGCCAAAGCCUUGAUAGAGGAUGGGCACUUUGAUGCGCAAGAUCUUCGUGGCCUCUGGGAUAUCGCCAAGCGGCACGCCACACCGAAGAACCGGACAUGUGUUCAUGGCUAUCAGACAACAUUAGACAACAUUGUGGUCGCGUUGGCUCCUUGUGAUCGUGGAGGUGGUACUUGGGUCGAAGCUAAACCUGAGACUUACUCCUUCGAGGAUGAGUGGAGAAGGAUUCCCAAUGGUGAGUGGCGCCGAGGACGAGUUCAUGAUCUAGAAGUGGGGGUCCCAUUCCGCUUUAACGCGAGGCUCUGGCAUCAGUCUGAGUUGUGGGAAGGCCGGCGAUUGGUGAUGAUUGCAUACACCCCACGUAUGGGCGCCAUGACAAGACCAACCUACAAUGCCUUGCUGGAUAUGGGCUUCAGUCCUCCUCCCCUGCAUGGUCCAGACAUACUCACACCGACGUUGAACAUGUUGGACAUGGCUUCAGAAGAUAAGCAGGCGGAUGCAGUCGCGUUUCUCAGCCAGGAAGGGACGACAAGCGAGGACAUCAAGAAGAGGGCCUUGAAGCCUACAGCUGAGCUACAGUCUUUACAAGAAGAUGUUGUGGCUCGUCUUCAUCAGCGUGCUGAUUUUCUUACGGAGCUCCUAGCUGAGGAGGAGAUGCUAGCUGAGGAGUUGGCCGAUAUCGGCAACCUUGUACGAGAGGAAGCCCUGGAUUCCAGAGAAGCCGUGAUGGAUAUGGUGAAGAACAUACAGCUUGAUCUCGACAAGGCGCUGCAAGAGUCCACCAAGCUGUUCCUGAAGGCGGCGACGGUUUCUCAAGAGGAAAUCGACUCCGUGGCCGACGUUGAGGCCUACUUGGAUGCUUUGGAAGGUGACUUGGGUGUUACUCUUACUGUCUCCUUGGACCAAGUUCGAACGCAUCUUACAAGAUGGGUCGAAGCCAUGAAGAAGGAGCUGAGCAACGUGGAGACGACGACAGGUGCGGCUCGUAUGGUCAUUUGUGGGAAUCAUGUUGGCCUCGACUCCGACCAUACCAAGGCCACACUAUAUGCAUCAGGAGCUUCGGCAGAAAGUCUGCGCAUUGCCCUGUGUUUGGCAACGGCUGCUGGGUGGAUAGCUGCGGCUACCGACAUUACCGGAGCGUUCCUUCUAGCAACAUGGCCAGAGUCCAAGCCGACAUACGGAGUUCUUCCUCCAAAAAUUUUGGCGCAAUGUGGACUUGUGCAAUGUGACCAGGUGUUUCUGGCGCGACGACCAUUGUAUGGCCUCAGGGAGGCGCCUUCCUUAUGGGCAGCAUACCGCACGGAACAGUUGAACAAGAUCCGAGUUCCCUAUGACGCUGGGCAUCUGAUCCUCAAACCCCUGGUUUCGGAUACGGAGUUGUGGUUGAUUCUCUAUGUCCAUGGCACGGAGGUUCCGGUGUUGUACGGCAUCAUAGUAUGCUAUGUGGAUGAUCUUUUGUACCUAGCAUUACUUGAAGUGGUCCAUGCGAUUCAUGCCAAGUGGGUGGCAUCCGUUACUUGGGGAUGGAGCUCGAGGUUCUUGAUGGAGCCUUUAGUCUGGGCCAGCGUGGAGUGGCUUGGCGAUGCAGACCUCACUGCUGAGGAGGAGACGAACUUCGACAAGGACAGCGGCUCGUUGGCGAGUGCCUCUGGCUCUCUUGCAGAACCCGUCCAGAUAUCGUCUACGAUAGGCAUGAAGGUCCUGUCCUACUUGAACGCCUCUGCAGAGCUCAAACUGAAGAUGGACGGCGGUUACAGCGACGCAAGCUUCUCACCUUUUGGUUCGAGAAGUUUUGGUUGCAGUUUGGCAGUCGUGAGCCAAUCACCUGUGGCAUGGAAGGCCGGAAAGCGGCCGUAUGUCACGAUGAGUGUUUGUGUGGCAGAGUUAGUGGAUGGUUCAACAUGCGCACUGCUACUGGAGUCCACACAGUCUAUGCUGGAAGAAGUAGGCGUUCUUGAAGGGGCGCCUGCACUGCGUAUAGACAAUCAAGCAGCUGGAAACCUCCUUCAGUUGGAUCUUGGCGCACGCGCCACCUACGUGUUGGGUUCUCGUACGUGGUUGAUCGGGUAG